CUCCGGGAGUGAGGUGGCGGCGGCGGCGGCGGCGGCGGCGGCGCCGGGCGGGCAACAGAGCAGAGCCGAGUGAGCAGAGUGGCCAGCCAGAGAGCAGCGGGUCUCGGGUGUGCAAGCUGCGGCCGUCGGACCCGAGCCGGGAAGGGGCAGGACCCCGGUUGGGAGUGGGGAUGGGGGCGCCGCCUGGGAGGAGAGAAGAAAUGAUGUAAAUCAUUCACUAUCCAAACCUUAAGGUUCAGGGUGAGAAGGCAGGGCAGGAAGAACAUGGCCUGGCCAGAUAUUUUUCAAAGAAGAGCUCUUCUCUCCCGAUUCAGCCAUCAUCAUGUUGUCGUGUUCUUGCUCACCUUCUUCAGUUAUUCGUUGCUUCAUGCAUCAAGAAAAACAUUUAGCAAUGUCAAAGUCAGUAUCUCUAAGCAGUGGACCCCGAGUGCUUUUAAUAAAUCAGUUGAACCUGCAGAGAUCUGGAGCAGCAGCCAUCUGUUUCCCAGUGCAGAGGAAGCCACUCUUUUCCUCGGAACCCUGGAUACUGUCUUCCUCUUCUCCUAUGCCGUGGGCCUUUUCAUCAGUGGUAUCAUUGGAGAUCGGCUUAACUUACGGUGGGUUCUGUCUUUUGGCAUGUGCUCUUCUGCACUAGUGGUGUUUGUCUUUGGCACGGUCACAGAAUGGCUGCAUUUCUACAACAAGUGGCUGUACUGCUGCCUGUGGAUUGUGAAUGGCCUGCUGCAGUCCACUGGUUGGCCCUGUGUGGUUGCUGUCAUGGGCAACUGGUUUGGGAAAGCUGGGCGAGGAGUUGUUUUUGGUCUCUGGAGUGCCUGUGCUUCAGUGGGUAAUAUUUUGGGAGCAUGCCUAGCUUCUUCGGUUCUGCAGUAUGGUUAUGAGUACGCCUUUCUGGUGACGGCAGCGGUGCAGUUUGCUGGUGGCAUCGUCAUCUUCUUUGGACUCCUGGUGUCACCAGAAGAAAUUGGUCUCUCAGGUGUUGAGGCAGAAGAAAAUUUUGAAGAAGACUCACACAGGCCAUUAAUUAGUGGUGCUGAAAAUGAAGAUGAGUAUGAGCCUAAUUAUUCAGUUCAAGAAGGCAGUACCGUCGCCCAAGUCAAGGCAAUAAGCUUUUAUCAGGCUUGUUGCCUUCCUGGAGUUGUACCGUACUCUGUGGCCUAUGCCUGCUUGAAGUUAGUCAAUUACUCCUUCUUCUUCUGGUUGCCUUUUUACCUGAGUAACAACUUCGGGUGGAAGGAGGCUGACGCCGACAAGCUGUCCAUUUGGUACGAUGUUGGAGGAAUUAUAGGGGGAACUCUGCAAGGCUUCAUCUCUGACGUAUUACAGAAGAGAGCACCAGUUUUAGCUCUAAGCCUGCUUCUGGCAAUUGGCUCCCUCGUUGGAUAUAGUCGUUCUCCAAAUGAUAAGUCCAUUAACGCACUUCUGAUGGCUGUUACAGGAUUUUUUAUUGGUGGACCUUCUAACAUGAUUAGCUCUGCUAUUUCUGCGGACCUGGGUCGCCAGGAUCUGGUCCAAGGGAGCAGUGAGGCUUUGGCGACGGUCACAGGCAUUGUUGACGGAACUGGGAGCAUUGGAGCUGCGGUGGGCCAGUAUUUAGUGUCUUUGAUCCAGGACAACUUAGGAUGGAUGUGGGUUUUCUACUUUUUCAUUCUCAUGACAAGUUGUACAAUUUUGUUUAUUUCACCAUUAUUAGUGAGGGAAAUACACUCCCUUGUGCAAAGACGACAAGCCCACAUACUGAGUGAGUGACUAGUGCCCACGGAAGAAUGAGAUUAAUAGGAGACACAUCAGGACUAUUAGCGCUUUUAAUUCAUCCUAUUUUGGGGUUGUCUUAAGAGCGCCAACAUGACCUCAGAUCGCCCAGCCUCUUUCAACAGUCUUAGCCACCUGAGAUGCUGACCAGUGUGAAGGCCGGGCUGUUUUGCUACACUACAGAAAUUACCGCUGAUGAUUUUUAUUGUCGUUUCAUGAUUGUACGAAUGGCCUGUGACUCUGCCAGUGUCUCUGUUUGGCCUGUCGAGGUUUGUCCCUUUAACCUUAAAUGCUAUGUUGGACUUGGACCCUUGUUCUCCAGCCUGGAGAGCUGAGUGACCAUGAGGGAGUCAUGCAUGCUUAUGUCAAGGACAGGCUCCACAAAUAGAAAGGCUUGCUGCAUUUUGUUUUGGUAAUGCAUUUGCAGAGAGUGGCUCAUCUUUGAAGCACCAAAUCCUGAUAAAAGUGCUCAAGCUGGAUCAAGCAUAAGCCUGCCUUGGACCAAGAAUGUUAGUGUGAACUGUGGUGGGACCAAUCAUACCACGUGCUGGUUGGCUUAGUCACUCUGUGUCCUAGCUAAAGUCAGCUCCAGAAGCAGAAAUAUCUUCAAAUUAUUGUCAACUUGUUCUCCUCCAUCUUCAUUCAGAAUUAUCUCUGACUCCUGGAAGUACUUAGUCAUCCUUUCAAGGACCAUGAGAUCCAUCAGUCAUCAUGAACAUUCCAACAUAUAAUCCACGACUGAAGUACUCCAUCCCAGAUGUGCUGUCUGGGGCCUUUAGGAUCCACUAGGAAGCUAAUCUCUGCAGCCUUUUUUUCAGAGGAUUGGUUUGUGUCACAACCGGGUUUCUUGAAUUACCUCAGCAGAAGACUAGAAUUUGAGAAGAAAGGAAGGACCUUUCAUCCUAGUAGGCAUUAGGUGUGUGACAUCGAACCACGUUAAUGGAUUACUAGGGCCCGAGAGGUAUCUAGGUAUGUCUUCUUUAGAAGUUGGUAGAGUAUGUGUCUUCGAGGCUAUGAAUUCUGUACUAAUUAUCUAUAUUUUAAGGUCGUUUUGUACAUAUAUUUUAAAUUAUGUAAGCAAACUAGGGGGAAAAUGUGCAAUUUUGAGGACUGCCUAAUUUACAUUGGAUUAGGGAAUAUUUUUCAACCUCCUGUUUUUAUACUCUGAAAUGUGGCGUGUUUGUGAACCUGUUCAUAUUAUUUAAUCAAGCAGACUUCUAAUCACUUAAUUGCUCAUUACUGACAAAAAGGGAAAAUCUGAAACACAGGAAGGGAAAAUAAACUGACUUUUAUAAUAAA